AUGGCAGUGACAGUUUGGCCUCAGGCAAAAGCUAGUGAAGGAUCAAUAUGUUUGAAUUCUGAACUUGCGGAUGAGCAGUGGCUUGCUUAUAUUUUGUUUCAGUGCCCAGAGGUUUCUGAUGAUAUUGUUCUUUACACAAAUUGGCCUUGCUGCCUCUUUUUUUGCAGGUGUAGAAAACAACGAAAAAGGGAUGAAGAUAAUGCAGUUAAAGAUAGGAUCAAUACUUGUUGUUACCCCGAAUUGGAACCUAAACAUGUUAAUGAAUGGAUAACAUAUCCCUCAACUCGAGGGGUUAAAGAGCUCGAUAUUCAUAUUCGUGUAAGGGAACCUGCUGAUAAGCUGCCCUCGGCUAUCUUUAAUUGUCGAACACUCGAGGUGUUGAAGCUCGACGUGAAUCUUGAUCUUGAAGUCCCCUCGUCUUUGUGUUUGCCUAACUUGAAAGAGUUGCAUAUCUCUGUAGUUUGCUUCCCGGUUGAUGACUCUUUGACUAGGCUGGUUUCGAGUUGUCCGUCUCUUGAGUACAUGACUCUAUGUGGUUCCUUGAGUCCUGAAACUCCCAUUAGUAUAUCUUCAAAUUCUCUUCGUAUAUUGAAAUUGAAUACGUUUUUCUGUAGUAGUAUCUUAGGGUGCAAGCUUGUACUUGAUGUUCCGAAUUUGGAGUAUUUUAUGGUAUGUGUAUGA